CCAACACAUUAAAUGCUAAAUUAAAAGAUAUUAAAUAGGUACAGAUCGUGAAAAAUUUCGAGAGAACCCCAACAGUAAUUGGUAAUAUUGUGACAUUUUAACUAAGUUUUGGGGUAUUAUUCUCAGCCUUACAAUUUUGCGGAAUAUGCGAUAAAGAUGAAACGACAAAGGAUAAACAAUGGGACAAAUCGUGUUUACGUGGAUCCUCAUUUUGGCAAUACGGAUCUGGAUAUUCCAAUGGGAGUAUCAAAAUCGAAUCCAUUGGACCGAUGGAUGGAAGCACAAGUUCUUCCAGAGGAUACAUUGCAGGCUAUCGCACUACGGUUCAAUUGCACGAUUGCUGAGCUGAAGAAGAUUAAUAAAAUAGACAAAGACAACGAGAUAUUUGCCCGUCGGGUAAUAAGAGUGCCAAUUACGCCUCAUUCGGUAUUGCUAGAUACACUGCCAAAAGUACACAGUAGUGGUAACAGUAGUCCAAAGAGUGUUUCAAGUAACACGGUCCAAAGCUCUGCAACGGUACUAGAAAAGCAAAUUAAUCUCGAUGAAAAAUUGAUAGUGGCAGCUGUUAGCAGUGCUUCCUAUAAAACAAAUGCGAUUAGCUGUGAGCCCAGCUUCGAUAUGGGAAAUUCGUUUGAGGGAACAAGUAAGGCUUUUACUGAAAUUGACUCGUCUGCAAGACAGCCGUUACUUUGUGGAGAGUAUGAUGAUAGUUUACCACAACCUCGUCCUUUGCGAUUGCCAACUAAUGAUUUUUCUUGUAAUGGAUCUGACUGUGAUAUUUCGUGGAUUUGUCUUCUUGUGUGCAUUCUUGCACUUUGUUUUGCAAUUCCACUCGUCUACGUGAUUUACGUAGCUGAACAUAUAGAAAAGUAUCAUCACGAUAGUUUGACCAAUGAAACAAGUCAUCACAAAACGUGAUUUAAAAUUAAGCAUAGAUACACUGCUUCGACAAUACGCGAUAAAAGCGCGAUAAAAGAGCGAGGGUAUUGUGGAGUAAGAUAGACAUUUUUGACCCCAUUGAAUCGUAGGUCAUUCAUGUCUGUAGAAAACAUGCUCUCGUAGCAAAAUUUCAGGUCCACAACGAUGUUAGAGUUACACAUGUACAGCAUCAAACAUCAUAUCAAGAAAGAGCCUACCGAUAUUUUGGUUCAGAUACGAAUGAAACUAUCAACCCAAUAUUGAAUCAAUCCGACUUGUAACAGCCAAACUUUAAAUUUCAUUCGAUAAAGGUGUAUUGCAAACCACAUUCCCUAACUAACGACACAAUACCGAAAACUAUCCUGACAGCUUUUUGAAGUAAAUUUAAAAAUUGCACUGACUCGAAACUAAUUCAAGCUUGCGAAAUAAUCGGUAGGCCCUAAAUUUGUUUAUAUAAUAAGUCGAUUACAAUUUAUCUUAAACGUGUUGGAAAGCGUAUAAUUUGAACGAUAACAUCAAUUGUAUAUACAAUAUACCUAUUCCGAUUAGGAUUUAUUAUUAUUAGUGCCU